AUGGACCCCCAAUUGAUACAAGUAACCACCACCCCCAAAGGCAUCACCACCAUCACAAUCACCCGCCCCCGCCGCCGCAACGCCGUUAACCCAGCCACCGCCCGCGCCCUGUACGCCGCGUUCCUAGCCUUCGAAGCGGACUCGACCCAGAAAGUCGCCAUCCUCACAGGCGCGGGCGGCACGUUCUGCGCGGGCGCCGACCUCAUCGACCUCACCGCCGCCGGCGCCGCUGCCCAGCAACGUGGCCGUCCCCACCCCGACCCCAGUGGUAACAACGCCUCCACAAACCCAAACCCUAACGCUGACGCGAGCCACCUCGAACCCGUACGAGGACGCAACAUUGGCCCCAUGGGCCCGUCACGCCUACAAGUAAUCAAACCCGUCAUCGCCGCGGUCGCGGGCCACGCGGUCGCGGGCGGCCUCGAACUCAGCCUGCUGGCGGACAUGCGCGUCGUGGAAGAGGACGCCACGUUCGGCGUGUACUGUCGGCGGUGGGGCGUGCCGCUGAUCGACGGCGGCACGGUGCGACUGCAGGCCAUCGUCGGGCUGGGGAGGGCGCUGGACAUGAUCCUCACGGGGCGUGGGGUGUCGGCUGCGGAGGCUCUCGGCAUGGGGCUGGCGAAUCGCGUGGUGGGCCGCGGAAGGGCGGUCGAGGAGGCGACGCGCAUCGCGGAGCAGCUUGUCGAGUUCCCGCAGGGGUGUAUGCUCGCGGAUCGCGCGUCGUGUUAUUAUGCUGCGUUUGAGGCGACGGGGUUCGAGGAUGCGCUGCGGAGGGAGUAUGAUGAGGGUGUUGGCGUUGUGGAGCACGAGGGUAUGGCUGGGGCGGCGAGGUUCGCUGGAGGCCAGGGCAGGGGCGGUGUGUUUGGGAAGUCGAAGUUGUGA